UUAGGCAUAGAAGCGGAGCUGGGAGGGAAACGGGUUUCCCCGUCCUCCUCUUCCUACUUCCGGUGGGCUGCUUUCCAUUACAACUGUGUACAGUCCCGUGGUGUUAAACUGGAGCUUCUUAGUCUCCUAGGAUUUUCCCCUACUCGGUGGCAGAAAAGAUGCUUGACAACAUCAAAUCCUGGGCUGAGUACAUUGUGGAAUGGGCUGCAAAGGACCCAUAUGGAUUUCUAACCACAGUGAUCCUGGCUCUCACCCCCUUAUUCUUAGCAAGUGCAGUACUGUCAUGGAAACUGGCAAAAAUGAUUGAAGUCAGGGAGCGAGAACAAAAGAAGAAACAAAAACGCCAGGAAAAUAUUGCUAAAGCUAAACGAACAAAGAAGGACUAAAAUGGUAACCUACUGGACAGAAUCCUCUCCUUUUCUAAACAGAGCUAAACGGUUCUGACGUUUUGUACUUUUUUGUUGUAAAUUUUAGAGAUUAUGUGCAGAAACCUAAGAACUCCAGAAAUGUGUUUAAUUUGUGUCAAAGUUUAAUUUUAAUAGGUUUAAGUAGUUUUGUCCUGGGACAUGUUUUCUAAUUUGGGAUCUAUUUGUAAGGUACAGUAAGUACAUCCGUACAGCAUACUCAAAAAUAUUAAGUGAUUGAUGAUUAAAGACCUAACAACUCAAAAUUUUAUAUGGAAAAUAUGCACUGUCUUUUUCUACAAUGAUUUGUAGUACAGCUUACUCCUGCAUUCUGCAACCCAUUGUAGGUUGUCCGUAAAUGUACUAUUUCUGUGGUAUGCUAGGAGCUUGUGUGUGGAGAAUACUGUGGGUAGAGAAGGUAAAACUUUACUAUAGUUGCUGAAGUUCAGGAUUUAUUGCCCCAAUGCAGGAUUUAUUUUUCUUACAUAGGAGGGGGCCAUGGCUCCAUGAUACAGCAUCCGCUUGAGGUGCUGAAGGUCCCAGGCUAACCCCAUCCCCAGUUAAAAGGAUUUGGUCAUAGAGCAGACCCUGGACAACCACUGCCAGUCACAGUAGACAGCACUGACCUUGACAGAUCAGAGGCCUCAUGGAGUAUAAAGCAGCCUCUUGCAUUUGUAGUUGUGUGGUUUUGUUAAGAUGGUGAAAAGAAGGCUGGGUUGGCAUUUGUCUGAAACAACCAUGCCUGGGGAGGUACAAGUCUGUUUUCAAACAAGGAUACUAAUAUUUGUACAUAAACAGGAUAGCAAAGGUUAGAACUAACACAAUUACUUUGAAUCCUUGUUGGUUUAGCCUGUGGAAUCAAAGCGGCUUUUUUCAUAGCUUUGAGUAUGGGGCAUGCACAACAGCCUAAAAACUGUUAUACUUCUAGCAGAAUUGUAACACAUUCUCCAAAGGGUGCAGGGAGUUGAGUUACAAGCCUACUGCAGCGGAUUACUAUUGUGCAUGGAGGAAGUUAAAUCACUUUCCCCUGUUAUUGAGAGUGGUUCAUGUGCUGCCAGCUGCCAGGUUACUCCCACUGCUAGGUAGGUAAAGGUAAAGGUUUCCCUUGCUCGAAAGCCAGUCGAAUCCGACUC